CUGGGCGGGACCAGGAGGAGGAGGAGGAGGUGUCUGCGCGCGCGGGUGCGAACGGGAAAGGCCGCGAGGGCCAGGUCGGGCGGUGGAGACGACGGACGGUGACCAUGGCCGCGACCGCGGGCGGAGGUUCGGGAGCGGCAGCAGGCGCCGUGGGUGCAGGGGGUGCGGCGGCGGCCUCCGGCCUGGCCGUGUACCGGAGGAAGGACGGGGGCCCGGCCAGCAAGUUUUGGGAGAGCCCGGACACGGUGUCCCAGCUGGAUUCGGUGCGAGUCUGGCUGGGCAAGCACUACAAGAAGUAUGUUCAUGCAGAUGCUCCUACCAAUAAAACGCUGGCUGGACUGGUGGUGCAGCUUCUUCAGUUCCAAGAAGACGCCUUUGGGAAGCAUGUCACCAACCCAGCUUUCACCAAACUGCCUGCAAAAUGUUUUAUGGAUUUCAAAGCUGGAGGCACCUUGUGUCACAUUCUUGGGGCAGCUUACAAGUACAAAAAUGAACAGGGGUGGCGGAGAUUUGAUCUUCAGAAUCCAUCUCGAAUGGAUCGUAAUGUUGAAAUGUUCAUGAACAUUGAAAAAACAUUGGUACAGAAUAAUUGUCUGACUAGACCCAACAUCUACCUCAUUCCAGACAUUGAUUUGAAGUUGGCGAAUAAGUUGAAAGAUAUCAUCAAACGGCAUCAGGGGACAUUUACUGAUGAGAAGUCAAAAGCUUCCCACCAUAUUUAUCCAUAUCCUUCCUCACAAGAGGAUGAGGAGUGGCUGAGGCCGGUGAUGAGGAGAGACAAGCAGGUGCUAGUGCACUGGGGUUUCUACCCGGACAGCUAUGACACUUGGGUCCACAGUAAUGAUGUUGAUGCUGAAAUUGAAGAUCCACCAAUUCCAGAAAAGCCAUGGAAGGUUCAUGUAAAAUGGAUAUUGGACACUGAUGUUUUCAAUGAAUGGAUGAAUGAAGAGGAUUAUGAAGUGGAUGAGAACAGGAAGCCAGUGAGCUUUCGUCAGCGAAUUCCAACAAAGAACGAAGAGCCAGUCAGAAGUCCAGAGAGGAGAGAUAGAAAAGCAUCAGCUAAUGCUCGCAAGAGGAAGCAUUCCCCUUCUCCUCCACCUCCCACACCUGCAGAAUCCCGGAAGAAGAGUGGAAAGAAAGGACAAGCUAGCCUUUAUGGGAAGCGUAGAAGUCAGAAAGAAGAAGAUGAGCAAGAAGAUCUUACCAAGGACAUGGAAGACCCAACACCUGUACCAAAUAUAGAAGAAGUGGUCCUCCCUAAGAACGUAAAUCCAAAGAAAGAUAGUGAAAACACACCUGUUAAAGGAGGCACAGUGGCAGAUCUAGAUGAGCAAGAUGAAGAAGCAGUUACAACAGGAGGAAAGGAAGAUGAAGAUCCUAGCAAAGGUGAUCCGAGUCGGUCAGUUGACCCAGGUGAAGAUAAUGUCACAGAACAGACCAAUCACAUCAUUAUCCCCAGCUAUGCAUCCUGGUUUGAUUAUAAUUGUAUUCAUGUGAUUGAACGGCGUGCUCUUCCUGAGUUUUUUAAUGGAAAAAACAAAUCCAAGACUCCAGAAAUAUACUUGGCAUAUCGGAAUUUUAUGAUUGACACAUACCGUCUAAACCCCCAAGAAUAUUUAACCAGCACUGCUUGUCGGAGAAACCUGACUGGAGAUGUGUGUGCUGUGAUGAGGGUUCAUGCCUUCUUAGAACAGUGGGGUCUUGUUAACUACCAAGUUGAUCCAGAGAGUCGACCCAUGGCAAUGGGCCCUCCUCCUACUCCUCACUUCAAUGUGCUAGCUGAUACACCCUCAGGGCUUGUGCCUCUACAUCUUCGCUCACCACAGGUCCCUGCUGCUCAACAGAUGUUAAAUUUUCCUGAGAAGAACAAGGAAAAGCCAAUUGAUUUGCAGAACUUUGGUCUUCGAACUGACAUUUACUCCAAGAAAACACUGGCAAAGAGUAAAGGUGCUAGUGCCGGAAGGGAGUGGACAGAACAGGAGACCCUUCUUCUCCUCGAGGCCCUGGAGAUGUACAAGGAUGAUUGGAAUAAAGUCUCAGAACAUGUUGGAAGCCGUACUCAAGAUGAAUGCAUCCUCCACUUUUUGAGACUUCCCAUUGAGGACCCAUACCUUGAAAAUUCGGAUGCUUCCCUUGGGCCGCUAGCUUACCAGCCUGUCCCUUUCAGCCAGUCAGGAAACCCUGUGAUGAGUACUGUUGCCUUUUUAGCGUCUGUGGUUGAUCCUCGUGUAGCUUCUGCUGCAGCAAAAGCGGCUCUGGAGGAGUUUUCUCGGGUCCGUGAAGAAGUGCCCCUAGAAUUGGUUGAAGCACAUGUCAAGAAAGUUCAAGAAGCUGCAAGAGCCUCUGGGAAAGUGGAUCCCACCUAUGGCUUGGAGAGCAGCUGUAUUGCAGGCACUGGCCCUGAUGAGCCAGAGAAGCUCGAAGGAACUGAAGAAGAAAAGAUGGAAACAGAUCCUGAUGGUCAGCAGCCUGAAAAGGCAGAAAACAAAGUGGAAAAUGAAUCGGAUGAAGGUGAUAAAACCCAAGAUGGAGAAAAUGAAAAAAACAGUGAGAAGGAACAAGAUAGUGAAGUUAGUGAGGAUGUCAAGCCAGAAGAAAAGGAAAACGAAGAGAACAAAGAACUCACUGAUACGUGUAAAGAAAGAGAAAGCGAUACCGGGAAGAAGAAAGUGGAACACGAGAUUUCUGAAGGAAAUGUUGCCACAGCCGCAGCAGCUGCUCUGGCCUCAGCUGCUACCAAAGCCAAGCACCUGGCUGCUGUGGAGGAGAGAAAGAUCAAGUCCCUGGUAGCUCUCCUGGUUGAGACACAGAUGAAGAAAUUAGAGAUCAAGUUGCGACAUUUCGAAGAGCUGGAGACUAUUAUGGACAGAGAGAAAGAAGCGCUAGAACAACAGAGACAGCAGUUGCUCACUGAGCGCCAGAACUUCCACAUGGAACAGUUGAAAUAUGCUGAGUUACGUGCUCGGCAACAAAUGGAGCAGCAGCAACAUGGCCAGAACCCUCAGCAAGCACACCAGCACUCAGGAGGCCCUGGUCUGGCUCCUCUUGGAGCAGCAGGGCAUCCUGGCAUGAUGCCUCAUCAGCAGCCACCUCCCUACCCUUUGAUGCACCAUCAGAUGCCGCCACCCCAUCCUCCCCAGCCAGGUCAGAUACCAGGCCCUGGCUCCAUGAUACCUGGGCAGCCCAUGCCAGGCCGCAUGAUUCCUGCAGUGGCAGCCAACAUCCACCCUACUGGGAGUGCCCCUGCCCCUCCUGGCAUGCCUCCAAUGCCCGGAAACAUCUUAGGACCCCGGGUACCCCUCACAGCACCAAACGGCAUGUAUCCUCCUCCACCACAGCAGCAGCAGCCGCCUCCACCUGCAGAUGGGGUCCCUCCACCUCCUGCUCCAGGCCCACCAGCCUCGGCCACUCCCUAGCCUGGAAGAUACAGGGAGCCUCCACACCCACCACAAGCCGAAUGGGGAUGGCAAGACUUGUGUUUCGGCUUCCUUGGUUUUCUUUCAGGAUUUUUUUUUUUUUUUUUCUCAUAGCCCCAAGCACACGUUCCAUAUCUCUCUGCUCCCUGAUAUCUCUUGUGUCAGGUCCUUAGCUGAUACUCGAUGGGAAGCCUGUGUGGUGACUAGUGUGCCCCAGUCAUUUGAAAAGUAACCUGUGUCUCCCCUGUCCAGGGUGGCAGGUGUUGGCAGUUGGUCUGCAGGUCCUGUUGACAUUAGUAUUCUCUCUCUCUCCUCUCUCUCUCUCUCUCUCUCUCUCUCUCUCUCUCUCUCUCUCUCUGUCUUUGCUUUGUUGCUUUGUCUUAUGCUUCAGUGGAUAAUCCUCUAUAAUUAUUAUCCUUUUUUCCCCUAUUAUGGUUGUUUUCAAGGAAAGCAUCCUAAGUUAAUAGAAACCAAAAAAAUGGUGAUGGACAGAAGGAGAUAGCCGCAGGACACACCUUAAGGAUUAUAAGUGACCUUAUUUCUGCUUACCUAACCUAAGCGGGGUGCUUCUGGUAAAGUUCCCGGGACUUGCCACAUACAAAUGCACCAAAAUGAGAAGAGCUGGGGAAGGAAGAGGUGCCCUGUUUUAUAUCCUGUCAAGGACCGUGAAUUCAGGGCUCCGCUCUGCCUCGAGGAGCACACCACUGUGCCUCGUAUGUGGUGGCAGAGAGCACAAACGUUAGGAUAAGCCCGCUCUUUUUCCUCCCUCCAUUCUGACUUUCUGUGCAGAAGUUUUGCAGUGUUAGAACUAGGUGAGUUGUUUUCCUAAGGGCAGUGUGAACUUUAAAGGUUGAGAUAUGGGGGGGUUCCCUGGGUUUUUACAGACUAACCAGGAAAGUUAAAGGGCCUAGGGCCCUACCAGCAUAUCAUUAGGAGUCCCAUCCAACCCCUCACACUCACACCAUCCUCUACCCUCACUACCCCAAAUCUACCCGAACUUUGUUUUUUAAGCCUUCCUUCUAUAAGAAAGGAAGGAAGAAUAAAAACUAAAAAGGGUAAGUGGUUAACUAUUUUAUCUCGUAAAACUUGGUUAGGGUGGGGGGGUACAGGUCCCUAAACUACCUCUCGCUUGAAGCCAGGGUGAAUGGGAUUUCUGAAGCGGUACUGAGGUUCGGAAUGGGAGUAGAAGUGAGGCACCAUCAGCAGCCUCAUGUACCUUCUUCUUCUGAGACUUCACGUUCCAUUUCUCACAGGGUUGUGGAGACUGUGCUGAAGGCACACAGACUUCACUUGGCUGCAAAGCUUUAUGCUUUAAGGUUUGGGGUACUCACACUGGGAGGGUAGGGUACCAUUCCAGAGGAAGAGCCACAACAAUGCCUUAAUUCGAGCCUGUGUCUACCCCUGCUGAUAAGUAAUUUGAUGGGUCUUGGUUUCGUCAGCUAGUUCUUCCCUCCCUUCUCUCCUUCCAUCAGUAGCAAACGUCACCGUGUCAGUUUAAUUAUUGAGAACGCAAGGGAGAACACUUUAUGGGUCUGUUUUGUAUGUGACUAUCAAAGCUUUACAUAUGAGAGGGUGUAGGGAGCUGUCACUAACACCUUAGACGUCAGAACAAAAAAAUUCAUGGUUGAGAUUUGCCUUUCGGACCCUGGGGUUUGCCUCCAGGUGCCCUGGUCACCCCCAGAGUCCUGGGGUACUAGAGAUAAGGAAACCCUGGAGUGGAAAUGGAAAUGUGCUCGGUCCUGGGGCGGUUACUUUACUUUGGCCUCCAGUAAGACCCCAGUGCCUUUUGACAGUGGCCAGGGUUUCCCUCCUUCCCUCCAUUCUCUCCCAAAGGAAAUUCACUCCAAAUACAUCUUUCCCCUGGAGUCCUAGGAGAAGGUUCAUACUGUGGUCCUUUGUAACUUCAGGUCUGUGACAUGAUCACUUUCCAGUUUGAAAGAUGCAAGUGGAGAUAUUUUUACAACACUGGUAAUCUACAGAACCUGAGUUCAACACAGCUUUUCCUGUGUCUUGUCAGUCGGUUAUCAUUCCUGUAAUAACACCCAUCCAAUUUUGUGAGGGGUGGGGUGGGAUACUGUGUGGUUGGGUUUUUUGUUGUUGUUGUUGUUUGUUGUUUUUUUUUUUUUUGUACAAAUGUGUUUCUCAGUGUGGGUUUUUUCUUUCUUUUGGUUUUUAAUGAGGGGAGUUUUAAGAGUUUGGAAGAAAAUGAAUGAAAGUGGCUUAAUUUCCCUCUUUUUCAUUGAAUAAAUGAAAUAUCAUUUAUGAAUUCUAA